CAGAAAUUGCCAGAAGGAUGGCUAGCAAGGAGCCCACUCACUGAUAUCUGAUUUUCAAUUGUGCCACACACCCUUCAGCCUGAAUGCCCAAGAUGCAUUGGGAUGGCUUUUCCUUCCAGCUUUACCAGUCCAGCCACUGUUACAUAACUUAACCUAGCAAAACUUCUCUUCUCCCUUUCAAAAUUGAAGAAAAUACGGGGCCAUUGAAUUUCGGAGACUCGUGUUUGCCUUUGAAGAAUAACCAUAAUAGGGAGGGCGUGUCCGGGAUCAAUACGAAGCGCGAGUUGCGGCUGUCUCUGGAAUUAUUCUGCCUGGAAUCGCGGCUCGCGGUGCCGCUCAAUAGUUGUGAAUCCGACGGCUUAGAUUCUUCUUGUAGGUCUUUUUUCAUGCAGUAUACGGAGUACGCCGCAAUAAUUCGUUAAUUUAUCUCGCCUAUUAAACCGUACCCGCCACAACGGCUGGCCCUGCACUAGAAAUUAUGAGCAGCCGAACUUCACCAGGCAACCGAAAUUCAAAGCGACGGACCAUAAAAGCGGCUACGAUUUCUCCCUGUCAACAAUGUUUAGUCGUCAAAAACGCUCUGGUCAUUGAAUAUAGCAUCAAUUCACAUUUUUUGAUACCUUUCCUAUCAUGAAGAUCGCGAUCGUCGGUGGAGGCAUCAGCGGAUGCGCCAUCUAUCUCGCGCUCAAAAAGCGUCUCCCCCAGCCGCCAGCUUCCAUGGCGGAGCAUGAAUUUGUCAUAUUCGAGUCCUACGACACGACCCGGAAUCUCGCAUCCCAGCAUGCUCCGGGUGACACCCACUCCGCCUCUCUUAUUGUGGGCGGAGGCAUUGGGCUCCAUCCCAACGGGGUCAGAUCCCUAGAACGACUGAAUGAAGAUUUAGCCCGUGAUGUUAAGCUUGCAGGGCACUGUUUUAACGUUCAGAAGUUUAUGAGCUCUUAUGGCAGGGAGCUCGCACGACUCCCUUGUUCGUCUGAAGAUACGUAUUCCAUCUCGUUAAGCCGGCAUGCUCUCUGGAGUUGCCUACGGAAUUACGUCCCCGAUGAUCUUAUUGUGACGAAGCGUGUUACUCAAGUCAUAGCCAAUUCGAAUGGAAGAAGCGUCAUUCAGUUCGCUGAUGGAAGUCCGGACGAGGAGGCAGAUUUGGUCAUUGGUGCAGACGGCCUAAAGAGUCCUACCAGGAGAGCCCUAUUCCCGGAGGCGAAGGAGGACCCUUAUCCCCCGGAGUUUGCAGGUUUAGUCGGUGUCGGUGGCGUGGUUCAAGGCGAGGAAUUCAAAUCUCUCGUCGAGCCAUGUACAAUAAACUUUGUUUUUGGAAGGAAUGGUUUUUUCGGAUAUUCUUUCGUGCAGUCCUUAACAAACCCAUCGGAAUACAUUAGCUCCACAUCACAGUCCAAGACGACACCGAGCGACACAGUAAUGUGGUGGUCUACCUACGAGAUGGAAUCAUGCCCGGACCCAAGGGCAGUGGACAAAGAAGCCAUCCUUCGUGAUCUACACAACCGCCUCGACACCUGGAAGGAUCCGAUUAUCCAGAAGAUUCUCGGCACGGUCAAUAUCCAGACUAUAUUUCCUGUGAACACAACACCAGAACUCCCAACAUGGACAAGAGACGGCGUCAUAGUCAUCGGCGACGCAGCCCAUACACUUACGCCUACUAGCGGGCAGGGUACAUGCCAGGCCCUUGAAGACGUCGAAUGUUUCUCCAUGCUGCUCUCCCACUUCUUGAACAAGACAUACGAUUCCCUAAGCGAUCCUUCCGCCGCUGCCUUAGCCCGAAUCGAGAGGGAAACCAUCGCGCAGGUGAUGCAAAAGCACAUGGAAAUCCGUAAACCCCGAGUCCAUGCGAUCCAGGAAAAGGGAAAACAAUUCGAUCAGAAGAAAAAGAAUUUAGGAAGAGUGGCCGAAUUCAUGAUGUAUUUUGGCUUAUUCAUAAUGGGCAAGCUACCCAUGCCUUCAUGGAUGACCGGAUUGUGGACAUAUGACAUUGCCAAUGAAGUUAAUUAUGAAAUCUCGAAGAUGGAGGCUGAAAACCAUCAUUGAC